UGAUCUGCUGAUAGCGUCGAUGCAGCCGCCGAUGGCGGCUGCAACUGCCGUUGGGCGCGGAAAACGGCCGUAGUUAUGGCAACCAAGCAGCUGGCCAGGCGACUCGGGCUGGUCCGGGCUUGCUCCGCGCACUGCCGGGCCGGGCUCGCGGCCCCCUCACGGCAGCGCUUCCGCUACGUCGUGGUGAUAGACUUCGAGUCCACGUGCUGGAGCGGCGGGACGAGCCGCCGCAGCCCCGAGAUCAUUGAAUUUCCAGCCAUUUUAUUAAACACGUCAACUGGCGAGAUUGAAUCUGAAUUCCACACCUAUGUCCAGCCCUGGGAACACCCGGUUCUCUCUGAAUUUUGUACAGAACUCACUGGAAUAACACAGAAUCAAGUUGCCGAAGGUGUUCCUCUAAACAUUUGCUUAUCAAUGUUUUCUAAGUGGAUUCAAAAGAUACGAACGGAGAAGAAAAUCACUUUCAGUUUAGAUGUUCUGAGCCAUCCUGAAACUAAAUCAUGUACCUUUGUUACUUGGUCAGACUGGGAUCUAGGAGUUUGUUUGCAUUAUGAGUGUAAAAGAAAGCAGCUGCGAAAACCUGAUAUUUUAAACUCUUGGAUUGAUCUCAGAGCAACGUACAAGAACUUCUACAGUAGAAAGCCUAAAGGGUUAAAUGGCGCUUUACAGGAUUUGGGGAUAGAGUUUGCAGGACGGGAGCAUUCUGGGCUGGAUGAUUCUCGGAACACUGCCCGUCUUGCUUGGAGGAUGAUCUGUGAUGGAUGCACGCUGGAAAUUACCAAAUCUUUAGAUAAGGUGCAGCCAAAGAAGAAUUCAGUUUCAAGAUGUCUGAAUAUAAACCCCACUGAAGAUGAGCCAGUGGAAAGUAAUGAUGGCACUGAAACUUUAUGUAAAGAUAGAAUAUGCAACAGCAGCUGCCUGGCUGAGAACAAACGGAAUACAGUUACUGAAACAAUUAUAAAUUCCAGUGCAGAGAUACAGGCCCAGGAAAAAUCCAGUUGUACAAGUUCCUCUACAAAUAUCCAUGUUGCAUCUGCCUGCAGAAGAAAGGCUGACUUAUGUGGUCAAGCCCCAAAUGGCAUUGUCGCAAUUGAUAAAAUUCCUUUUCUUGGACAGCCACGGACUCCUCGUGGUUGUUUAUUGACUGGUUUCCAAAAAGGAUUAAAUGGAAACCUUACUUCUACCUCUAACUACAACUCUUCAGCGCCUGGGUCAGGGCUGGUGCUUGUCUCCACUACUCUCUCCUCUGUUAAUAUCUCUGAUGGGGAUAUAAGUACUAGUUCUGACUGUUUAUCCAUGUUGACUGAUUGGGAGGAUGUAGCUUUAAUACCAGAAUCUCAGCAUGAACACAGUUCAGACUCUGUGCAACUGAAAUAUGACCCAAAUACAGAGACUUUCUCAGUUCCAGCAGAAGUGAUGGUUUUGGAAGAACCAGCUGUGGCGCAUUCAGACUUAGAACAUUUGAGAGAAACUGCUGUGUCUUUGGGAUCUUCAAAGUCUAUUGUAUACAAAAGUCCUAAUACUACCAUCUAUAAUGUAGGAAUAGCCCAAAAGCAGACUCCAAAUUGUUCGUCUUUUAAGUUACCACCUGCUAGAGGAGAUGUUACUUUAUCAAGUACGGUGUUAAUUGGAAAAGAUUCUACUGAAGUUCCUAAAAGAAAGUUGUCUAAUCCAGAAACUGUCCCACCAGCAAAAAAGCAGUCAUUUACUGUAUAUGAAGAUAAAACUGUAUCUCCUGAUCAGUUCCUGCCUUUAAGAAGUUCAAGCUCAUACAACACUCCUACUUUUGUUUUAAAUCCCAGAGUCAACAUGGAUCAAUCUAUGAGGGCAGUGAAAAAUGAAAAAUUGACCCCACCCUUAUGUAAUUGUGGUCGAAGAGCUAGAAGACUAAAUGUGUCCAACAAUGGUCCAAAUCAUGGCAAAACAUUCUACAGCUGUCCUGUUGGAAAACAUGAAGGGAAGAAGAGAGGCUGUGGAUAUUUCAAGUGGGAACAUGCCCUUUUAAAGGAGAGAUCUGCUAAUCAUUUGUCCCUGACUGUAAAUGAUUUAACAUCUCCAAGAUCAUGUGUCAAUAUAUCAGGAAGUUCUUCUCCCAGGAACUAUAUUUGUCUAAGGCCUUCAAUGAGAACUUGAAUAUUCUUUUAAUUUUUUGGUUUGCUACUACUACAUAAAGAGCAGUCAGAUAGCGCCAUAGAUCUCCAUGUCCUGCAAAUGAAGUAGAAAUGACUACUGCAGAUCAAAAUGGAAACCGUGGAAACAGAUAGAGCUACAUAAGUUAAAAUGCUAGAUACAAUAAUGGAAACUCAGAUAUUGAUGAAGUGUGAGGAUUUAUGAAGGUUGGUCGAGCUGAUGUGAAAGUAUAAGUAGCUGGCAUCACAAAUUUUAACAUUUUUAUUUUAUCGUGCCUUUUAUAUUUUUAAUAGCCAAACAUACUUAAAUACCAGCUUUGGCGUAAUACAAAUAUUGUAUACAAGUGCUUUUUAAUUUAAUUUUUUUUAAUCAAAAAUGUAUUCACAACUUGCGCUUUUUUACAAUGUAUGCAUAUCUAAUUCUUUUUCAUUCCAUGGUAGUUGAAGCAGUGGUGAUGAUUUUAACACUUUUUACUACUGAAAUCAUAUAAAAAUGUAAUAUAAAUUCCUCUGACAUUUUAUCAAGUAAAUAAACUUAAAAACGCAAUAAAAAAAUAUUAAGGCUUC